GCAUAGCGAUGCUCGAGCUGGUCUAUGCAAGAUACGAGAUGGGAAGGGCGCAGUUGCAGGAGAGUUUUAUAAGAAUCAGGCAGUUGUCUAAACAACAUUCUGUCUGCUGCUCUCUUUCCAUUGUCAAGAAAAGACUGGUUUUAUACGACCUUUGUCUAUAUUUCGUCGUCAUGGCGCUUCCACGUGCCCUUGUAUUUUCGUUACUCGUUCUGGGGGCUACAGCGAACGCUAAACGCCAUAUCAAUAUCAAGGGGCGCGAGGUCGAGCCAGUUCCAGUACCCGUAGAGGCCAAACGAGAACCAGCUCCCUUAGCAAGGGAAGAGUUGUCUUACAACGCCGCCGGAGAGCUAGGAAAACGACAAUACUGCUACUCCACGCAAUUUCUCUGCGGCGCGUACUGCUGCGACGAAUACUACUACAACUCCUGCGCAUUGUACGACGGCCUCUACAGCUCCUAUACCUCGUGCACAUCAACAUACGCCUACGACUACUCGAGCUACUAUAACUCCUACUACUCCGACUACUCUAGCUACUCGGACUACACCUACCACUCCGGCGGCGGCAGCAGUAGCAAGAAAGGCAGCAAAUUCCCGGCCAAAGCUAUUGCGGGCGUUGUCAUCGGCGUGAUUGCUCUUCUCGCAUCAAUCAUUGGCGGCGUCUUCGCAUUGCUCAAGAAGCGCCGCGCAGCAAAGAAUGCUGGGGCACCCACGCCCAACUUCGACGGCGCGGCCGCCGCCCCUGCGUACGCCGCAACCGCUGAAAAGGGCCCGACGUAUACAACUAAUGAUGUCUCUUCUCCUAUGGCUCCACCCGUGUAUGGUACACCUGCUGCAGGCACUGUGUAUCAGCCGCCACAGAGCCCGCCGCCAGUGCACCAGCAAGGCUAUGGACAGAGUCCGAUGGCGCAACAGCCGUAUCAACCGCCUAGUCCAUUGAAUCAGCAGCCGUAUCAGCCUCCACAGAGUCCACCUGUCGGACAGCAGCCAUAUCAACCACCACAGAGCCCACCUAUCGGACAGCAAGCGUAUCAGCCUCAGCAGAGUCCCCAGAUGAAUCAAGGUUAUUAUCCAGCUCCGGUAGAGGCUCCGACGCCACAACAAAAUGCCGGCCAAACGUAUUAUCCGCCGCCGGUCACGUCUGAGCUGGGGCCUGGAAGAUGAACAUGACCAUGACGUUGGUUUUGUGGACAUUUCUUGCUUUUUUAUGUGCGUGUACGAUUGUUGGUACUUACUGGAUACCCAUGUUGUGAUAGUCUGACAGUGUUCAAAAUUGGUAAUACUUGGACUCGAUGAGAUGAGAUAUGGAUGGAUGAAUUGUAACUACUUCUCAGAUGUAUACUUUGGGAAUGUAGCCUACGUUACGGUAUAUAGCGACUUCAAUGACGUUGAUUAAAACCGAAAAC